UUUGUGUCCUUUGAAAACGAAGGAAAUGGAUAGGGUUCAAAUAAAGUGGAAACAAUUGCAGCUUCUGAAGCUACGUGCUUUUUGAUGUGUUGGAUUUGGCACAGUGCGAGGACUGCACAAAUCAUGUUUUUAGAAGGGGGUCUUUGUGUUGCUUAGAUCUUGAAUAAUUGUCACUGCUGUAUUUGUGGGUUGUCUAAAGUUGCCCCCAUUCACGGUUCUAGCUUUCGUGAAUGGGAAGGGCUAUCAUUUCUUCCUCCGCCUGCUGCUUUCUCUAAUGCCUGGCUAUUCCAGGACUUUAAUAGGGUCAAUCCUCUUAAAUUAUGUGGAUUGUUUGUUCUUCUCACAUUUUUCGACCUACUAACACCUUAUUUGGUCGAUGGAAAUGUCUUUAGUUGGUUUUAAAGGGUAGCACAUCCCUUCCGCACUUGUAGUAUAAACUGUGCUAGCAGAAUAAGAUGGGAGUUACUCAUUCGUUUGAGCUUUGUCUGGAUAUUUGUUUGGCCCAGAGAAGAAACAACUCAAUCUUUUCUGCACAUUUGAAUUAGUAUAAGUCUAUUUAUUUUUCUCAAACCCACAAUACUGCAUCAAGCACUAACGAACUCUUUUCCACUUAAUUUGGUGUCAACAUUCCCCAUAUUUCUAUUCUCCUAGCUAACCCAAUAGUUCAAAUUACAGAAAAUCACACACCACAGUGUUAGCACAGAAAAAUGUUGUCUCUAUUUACAUUGCACAGGAGAGUGGCAAAUGAACAGAUGACACAUUGGCUCAGCACUUAGUUUGAUUUUAGGGAUCAAUGAUUCUAAGUUGGUGAAAAUUUUCUUUGAUUGAGUGAUUUGCUAUCAAAAGUUCACAUGCUUCCCCCUUCAUCGACUUUAUAGAAAAUGCUAAAUCUUCUGUCCCAUGCUAUCAUUUCCUGGCGAUCAAUGUGUGUCAUGGAAGGUGCACAGGAACCAAAUAGAAGCUCUUCAGUCUUCAUGUAAACAGAAGUUUACAUAUUCAAUAUCCCUCCCCCUGAAAGAACUAGAAUAGCUGCCAAAAUAAGUUGAUCAUGGAUGCAUUUUUGUUUCAUUCAGGCUGAAUAAAGCUUUAAGAAUAUAAUAUGACUGGAACUGACACGUUUUGUUAAGUAUACAUGAGAGUUGACUUUUUCCAAAAUGGAACUCCAAACUUCUAUAGCCUUGCUAGCUGCAGUAGAGGAAGUCUACUAUUGGUCAUUGGAUGAAGGACUCAUCUUGCUACCAAACGCCAAAAUCACUAAUUUAAUCAACUUUUACAUGAUCAACUACUUCACUCCAUCAGUUCAUCCCAGUUUAAUCUACAGCCUAAAGGUAUCCUUAAAAGAUGUUUGCCACCUUAAACAUAUAAAUGAUUUGAUGCCACUUGGCAAAAUCAAAUUUAUAAUAUUGUUGGACUGAAAUUCUCUAUCUGUUUGGUCCAUUUUCUUUGUGCACAACGAUGUGAUGUUGAUAUUCAUGACAUCGUCUGUUUGGUGGUUUAUUAUGAAACCAAUGGAAAUAGCUAAGGGUUGAAGUUGUCAUUGUGUUUUUAUCUCGGUAUUUCCCAAUUCCUUUUACAUGAGAUUAACAGUGCCUCAAAGACCUGAUUAUUUUUGUUUGUUUGUAUUCUAAUUUGUCUUUAGGGUACACCUUCCUUGCAUUGUGUUAUUCCUCCUAACAUUGUGCGACUAAUGAGAUUUCUUGACUUUGGUGAUUAUUUUCCAUAAAAAUUGAAACUCGGGUUUUUGGGUAUAUCACCUGAAAUGCUUUGUAGCUUAGAACAUGUUGUUUUGUUGUAAACAAAAAAGCGGAUUCUUCUCUGGAUGCUAGAAUGGAGGGUGUUGUGUGGGACUGAGAACAACAGGUGAAUUAGAGAGUCGGUAGGCAUAUGGCUAAGAUAACUUUCAGGAAAUGGCUGAUAGCAAUAUAUCUUCUGAAUUACCUGAAGAGACUCAAAACCCCAACCCGGAUGGCAAUGCACCAUCUGAAAGUGAUCUUGCACUGGAAACCCUGGCUCAAAAAGUUCAAGAGUCUCUCUCUCUUGAAAACAGACAUAAAUUUUGGGAAACCCAACCUGUUGGGCAGUUCAAGGAUAUAGGUGACGCUAGUUUGCCCGAAGGUCCUAUUGAAUCUCCGACCCCCUUGUCUGAAGUCAAACAAGAGCCAUACAACCUUCCUAAUCUCUAUGAAUGGACUACUUGUGACAUAAACUCUGAGGAGACAUGCCAAGAGGUUUAUAACCUUCUUGCUAACAAUUAUGUUGAGGAUGAUGAGAACAUGUUCAGAUUUAACUACUCAAAGGAAUUUCUGCGAUGGGCUUUGCAACCUCCUGGUUUUUUCAGAAGUUGGCACAUUGGAGUCCGUGUCAAAAGUUCCAAGAAGUUGGUUGCCUUUAUUACAGGUGUUCCAGCUAGAAUCCGAGUUCGUGAUGAAGUUGUUAACAUGGCAGAGAUAAAUUUCUUGUGCGUUCAUAAAAAGCUUAGAUCAAAGAGGCUUGCUCCUGUCAUGAUCAAGGAGGUGACCAGGAGGGUGCAUUUGGAGAAUAUCUGGCAGGCAGCCUAUACUGCGGGAGUGAUUCUUCCUACACCAAUAGCAACUUGCCAAUACUGGCACAGAUCUCUUAAUCCCAAAAAGCUAAUUGAUGUUGGCUUCUCUAGGCUUGGUGCACGAAUGACAAUGAGUCGGACAAUAAAGCUUUACAAGUUGCCAGAAUCAACAGUAACCGCGGGGUUCAGAAAGAUGGAGAUCCAUGAUGUUCCUGCAGUUACAAGGCUCCUUAGGAAAUAUUUAAGUAAUUUUGUUGUUGCACCUGAUUUUGAUGAAAAUGAUGUUGAGCAUUGGCUUCUUCCCAAGGAGAAUGUUGUUGAUAGUUACCUGGUUGAAAGUCCUGAGACUCAUGAGAUUACUGACUUUUGCAGUUUUUACACUCUUCCUUCUACCAUUCUUGGAAACCAAAAUUAUUCAAUUCUGAAAGCAGCUUAUUCCUAUUACAAUGUUUCAACAAAGACCCCGUUGCUUCAGCUGAUGAAUGAUGCUCUUAUUGUAGCCAAAAGACAGGACUAUGAUGUUUUCAAUGCUUUGGAUGUUAUGCAAAACGGGUCAUUCUUGAAGGAACUGAAGUUUGGACCAGGGGAUGGGAAACUUCACUAUUAUCUUUACAACUACCGCAUAAGGCGUUCAUUGAAGCCAUCUGAACUUGGUCUUGUGCUCUUGUAGUUCAAAAUUUGGAAUUUUAGUGUGCUAUGGAUUAGGAAGUGGAUUUUGGUUUUGCUGAUGGACUUUUUGUGGUUACAUGACAUGUGAUCUACGGUUAAACCUUAAAUCUUUACCUUGACUUUCAAACAAACGAAUUUCCCAAUUCCUUGAAGUCAAUUCUGAGGGGUCAUUAGCGUUUCAUUUUGUAGAACUAAAGGAAUUUUAAUUCUUGUAUCAUUUUUUGUCAUGUUGACUACUAUGCCCUUUUCAAGUUAUAAUGCUUCUCUUCUGGCUCUC